GGUUAUGUUAUUGUUAUUGUGAUACUGGAAUGAUAAGGUAGCGUGAAUUCGUAGUGCUUUCAUUUGUGGUUUAAUAGUUUUAAUGUUUACGUGAAAUGUCGGGAAGGAAAAAUGAAGAGGAUAAAACAGAUUUCACCUCGCCGAAAUUCAAUGCGCUUACAGCUCUAUAUUCGCGAAAUGUGCGGCUGCCAAACCCGAGAGCUCCCGCCCUGGAUAAUAUGUCAAGAUUUUUACCUUCAACCUCAGGGGUCAUGAUAAGGCCACCGCCUGUGAAGAAAAAAACUGAAGCUCCGCCAGAGAAUCCUGAAAAUGCUCCAUCCACUAGCUCAGCGUUACCUGCCAGGAGGUUCCUUCCGCAUCAAAUGCCUAUCAUCGUUCCCAGGAAGCCUCUAAGAAACGUACUCACGCGCAUGGAGGAAUGUACGGAAGGUCCACUUUCAUUUAUAAGGGACUGUAUGAAGAGGAAGAUUCGAGUGAAGGUGUUCAAUCGAAACCACACGGGGAUCCGUGGUUACUGUGAAGCUUUCAUCGCUGCUUUCGACAAGCAUCUGAAUUUGGCAUUGGUCGAUGUGCAAGAAUGCUGGACCCGGAAAAAACGACGGAAAACAACAGCUCUCGCAGGUCUAACAUUGGUCGAAAAUCGACACCCGCACAUGCGAAUCCCACGCAUUCGGAUUAUAUCGUCGACCUCCAAAGUCGAAACUUGUCAAAGGUACGUGCCUCAAUUGCUCAUGAGAGGCGAGCAAGUGGUCAUGGUAGCAGCUCAAAACUAUUCGCCUCCCCCAUCGUCCUGACAGUGGAAAAUCGUUCGAGUGAUUUUCGAAUUCUUUUAAAAGUGGUGUUCAUGUUAAUUAACGUAACAUUUAUGCGGGUACCUUUGUUGUCUUGGAUAUUGUUUCUUUGAUAUCGUACCGUUUUGUUUAAUGUUAUAUAUUUUUACCAAUAGAGUAAGUUUAAGUUAUUGGCAGUGACUCGUAACAUUCAUUCCUUUUUGUACAGUAAAUUGUUUCUACAGAUAAACUUAAAAUGAAAAUGA